AUGCAAGGCCUGUUAUUAUUUAUGUUAAUUUGUAUAAAUUUUUGUAAAUGUACAAAAAUUAUAACGAGAUAUAAUUUUAUUACAAACAAAAUCAAUAUAAAAAGAUAUAAAAAAAAAAAUAAUAAUAAAAGUCCAUUAUAUUAUUCCUAUAAUGAACAUCACAAGUAUAACAUAAAUAUACCUUCAUUACUUUUAUCUAAAAGAAUUAUAUUUUUAUCAUCACCUAUUUAUCCUCAUAUAUCAGAACAAAUCAUAUCACAGUUAUUAUAUUUAGAAUAUGAAUCUAAAAGAAAACCUAUACAUUUAUAUAUUAACAGUACAGGUGAUAUAGAUAAUAAUAAAAUAAUAAAUUUGAAUGGUAUAACUGAUGUAAUAUCAAUAGUUGAUGUAAUUAAUUAUAUAUCUUCUGAUGUGUAUACUUAUUGUCUUGGAAAAGCGUAUGGAAUUGCUUGUAUAUUAGCUAGCAGUGGAAAAAAAGGCUAUCGCUUUUCUUUAAAAAAUUCCUCUUUUUGUUUAAAUCAAUCUUAUUCUAUCAUACCCUUUAACCAAGCAACCAAUAUUGAAAUACAAAAUAAAGAAAUAAUGAACACCAAAAAAAAAGUAAUAGAAAUAAUUUCUAAAAAUACAGAAAAAGAUACAAAUGUUAUUUCAAAUGUUUUAGAAAGAGAUAAAUAUUUUAAUGCAGAUGAAGCAGUAGAUUUUAAAUUAAUUGAUCAUAUACUUGAAAAGGAAUAA